AUGCUCUACGACCUCAACAUAGCGUGGUCGCCAGCCACGCCACAAGACCGCCUCCUUCAGGCCCUCGCCAUGGCCUCGUCUCUGGGCUACGCCACCGUCGCCCUCAACCACACCGUCGAGCUCCCCUUCCCCGCAAAUCCCACCUCUCCAUUUCCCUCUCUCCCUGGGGUCGACGACUCCUCGGCCUCGGCCUCCAGGACGAAACUGCCCCACGUCUUGCACCGCGCCACCUUGCCUCUCGCCGACCCGGCCGCUUCCAACUACCGGCUACCAGCCCUCGCCGCCGUCUACGACAUCCUCGCCAUCCGCCCCCUCACUGACAAGGCGUUUCAGAACGCCUGCCUGACCCUCGAUAUCCCCAUCAUCUCCCUCGACCUGACGACCCAUUUCAACUUCCACUUCCGGCCCAAGCCAUGCAUGGCCGCCGUAUCUCGCGGCGUGCGCUUUGAGAUCUGCUACGCCCAGCUUCUGUCUGCAGACUCUCGCGGCCGCGCAAAUUUCAUCGGCAAUGUCACAAAUCUUUUCCGCGCCACCCGCGGCCGUGGCUUCAUAAUAAGCAGUGAGGCAAAGACAACCCUGGGCCUUCGGGGACCCUCGGACAUUGUCAACCUGCUGAGCGUCUGGGGCCUCGCGAGCGAGCGCGGCCUCGAGGGCUUCCGCUCGAUUCCCCGGAGCGUUGUCGUCAACGAGGGCAUGAAGCGGAAUGGCUUUCGCGGCGUCAUUGACGUUGUUCAAGUAGCCACCAAGACGGCCAGCGGCGGUGUCUCGGGUGAUGGCCCCGAGUCAGCACAAAACUCGGAUGUCAACUCGGCGGCCAAGCCGGUGAAGAACCAGAAGCGCAAGAAAGGGGAAGAUGGUAAUGGGCAGCCUCCAAGCAAGAGGCAAGCGAAGAAGAUGAAGCUAGCCGCACGUUCCGCUGCUUCCAAGUAA